AUGAAAAUGUUAGAUUUACUCAUUAACAAUGGUAAGUUCCUGCCCCUAUGCAUUUGCACGCGUCAGAUUCGGCAUUAAAUUACUCUGCUGAUCGCUGGGCUUGUGCCAGUGCCAGUGAUCUGCUACUGCUGCCGCUACUGCUACAGUGUCGGCGAGGGCUGCUGCUGCUGCUGCUACUAAAGAGGAGAAAACCUUUGGAGAUUCCAAAUCUCCUUGAUCACCAGCUUUCGAUUUGCGUACCCAAUUCAGGGAGUCGGCACGCUCCGUCCAUGGAUUCCAGGAAAGGCAAAGGGAGACGGAAACAGAGAUCACCAAUAACGACGACGACGACGACACUCCUCUGCUGCUCUCUCAUCGCCUUUUUCUCCCUUUCGUCUCUGUUCGCCACUGCUCGCUCAGAUCUUGGAAAUCCAACAAGGAUUCCUCGAGUCCAGGGACGACGGCGGGGGCUGGGCGGCGGCAGCGGGAGGCCGGGAUCGUACCCUCCGCUGUGCGCGGCCAAGUGCGGAGCGUGCUCGCCGUGCAACCCGGUGCACGAGGCGGUGCGGCCGGGCCAGCCGGCGGUCGAGGAGUACUACCCGGAGGCGUGGCGGUGCAAAUGCGCUAAUAAGCUCUAUAUGCCCUGACCGGCCGGCCGGCCGCCACCACCAUUCAACUCUUCCAAAAUAUUCCCGACACUAAGCGGCGCAAUCCAUAUGGUUGAGGGAGAUGACGCCAAAUUAGCCUUCUUCGGUGGAACCAUGCAUGUCUGGAGCAGGGGAGACUCAGCUCAUGCUUUCAGACAACAAGCAUCAUCUUCCAACAAGCAAAUAACUAUCCAAAACAUCAAUUUCAGUCGCAGUGUACACAUAGAUCGAUCUACAGUUUUUUAAAUUUCCCUUUUCUUUUCUUUUCUUUUUGAAGCAUCAAAUGUUUUCUGCUAAGUUUGGUCGUACCAUCAAACUGUUUUGCAUGUGUGAAGGGUAAAGGCUGUUUUGCCUUUUGAAUUAUUGUAUCUUUGAGUGGCUCCUACUUGAUGGAGAAGGAGAAGAAAGGCAGAGGGACGAAGGAACUUUGUGCUA